AUGGGGCCCCCGGGCAAUAGGGGAUCAUGGGGCCCCUGUGUCCUUGGCCAAACUCAAAAAAGCCUAUGAAAAAGGUUCAUCAUACAUAUAUGAAUACCUCUGAUGAUAUUACUAAACAAGAUCUACACCUCCACCUACCAUUGGGUGGAACAACAACAAAAAUACUCAACCAGGGGUGGAAUGACAACUCAUGGGGCCCCCGGGCAAUAGGGGAUCAUCGGGCACCUGUGUCCUUGCCCAAACUCAAAAAAGCCUAUGAAAAAGGUACCAGGGGCAUCUCAUGGGGCCCCCUACUGACCCCGGGCCCUCGGGCAGUGCCCGAGUCUCCAAAUGGUCAGUCCAGCCCUGUGCUCAACUAUGUA